UUUGAUUCAAAAGAUCAAUACCCUCUUAGCAAAAGUGAAUUAGCAUCUUUUUUUAAAGAGUGUAUAAAGCUAGAUUCUUUUGAGCCCAAUGGAACCACAACCAGUUCAUGAAAGCUCUGCCAACAAAACUAGCCUACUGCACAAACAAAGCACACACCAAAAGGGUUUCUUUCAUGCAUUCCUUUGCUCUCCGCUGCUAUGGCUUGGAAUGCUAGCGAAGGAGAUGCACUGGAGCUUCGUCUACGGCGUCGUCGCCGUGAACGGAGUCAGCCAAGGCCUCGGCGGUGCCGUCGCGCGGGUGGCGACGGAUUACUACUGGAAGGAUGUUCAGAGGGUGGAGCCUUCUGAGGCUCAGGUGUAUCAGGGGAUCACUUCCCUUCCUUGGAUUGUAAAGCCAUUGUGGGGACUGCUUACUGAUGUUCUCCCCGUGGGCGGAUACAGGAGAAGGCCUUAUUUCAUCCUUGCAGGUUUCUUGGGAGGUGUCUCUAUGCUCAUCCUGUGGCUGCAAAAGGAUCUCUGCCCCCUUCUCGCAUUGCUGCUAAUGACGGUAGGAAGUGCCGGGGUGGCGAUCGCCGACGUAACCAUCGACGCUUGCGUUGCAGAAAACAGCGCGAACCAUCCAUUGCUCGCCUCCGACAUGCAAAGCCUCUGCGGAUUAAGUUCAUCCGUCGGAGGUCUUCUGGGCUUUGCUAUUAGUGGCCAACUCAUGAAUGCACUAGGUUCAAAGGGUGUUCUUGGCUUGCUAAGCAUACCGGCUUCACUAGUUGUUUCAGUUGGAAUGGUGCUUAAAGAGCCUCAGGUGCCAGUCUCAACACAGAAACAGAUAUGUGAAAAGUUGGUUGAAGCAAAAGACACAAUGUGGGAAACCAUGAAAUGCUCAGAUGUUUGGAGGCCUUGUGUGUUUAUGUUCACAUCACUUGCAGUGAGCAUAAACAUCCAGGAAGGAAUGUUCUACUGGUAUACGGAUACUGAAUCUGGACCUUCCUUCUCUCAGGGGACCAUCAGUUUCAUCUACUCCGUCGGCUCCGCGGGCUCGCUACUGGGCGUGACGCUGUACCAAACAUUCCUGAAGCGCUGCCCGUUCCGCUCGCUCCUCUUCUGGACCCAGCUCCUCUCCAGCCUCGCGGGGUUCCUCGACCUCGCCCUCCUCCUCCGCCUCAACCGCCGCCUGCGUAUGCCCGACCCCCUGUUCGCCGUGGCCGACGAGGGCGUCUCGCAGCUGAUCGGGCGCGUGCGGUGGAUGCCGCUCCUCGUGCUCAGCGCCCGGCUCUGCCCGGGCGGCGUCGAGGGCGCCUUCUUCGCCCUGCUCAUGGCCGUCGACCACGCCGCGAUGCUCGUGUCCUCGUGGGGCGGCGGCGCCCUGCUGCGGCUCCUGAGCGUCUCGCGGUCCGAGUUCGGCAACCUGUGGGUCGCCGUCGUCGUCCGGAAUGUGCUGCGGCUGCUCCCCCUCGGCUUGCUGUUCCUCAUCCCGGAGACGGAUUUGGGUGCUUCUGCAACAGCAGGCGGCGGAGGUGAAAGCCGAGAAGGGGUGGAGGAGGGAGGAGGUGAGAUUGAAAGGUUGUUAGUUGGCGGGAAAGUUUGAAUUAUAGUUGGCAAUGUUGUAUUCUGCACUAUUUUUAAAAAAUAGCCAACAACGUU